AGGAAACGGUAACCAAGAGGAAGCUGAACAGCCUCACACAAAACACACAGAUCAGAGGGGGAACAGCAGCAGACAAACGCAGGUGAGCUCUCUUUAAUCUAUGAUCACGUUUGUUUUUAGUAACUACCAGGCACUAUUCUACAUAAUUGGUGGAGCACUUUAAUUUGUAUGGUGUAUUGACAGUAACUUAAAAGUAAAAAUACUUCAUUUGGUGAACUUAGGCUGCAAAAAUGCAGAUGUGGAGACUGUCCCAGUUUAUUGGUGCAGGAGUAUAAAGGCUGCUCAGACUUCACUAAAGGCUCCAGUGUAUAACAAACUUAUGGCAGAUUGUAAAUAGCCUUUGUUGUAAAUCGGUACAAAGUACAAGGAAAUCAGUCAGGGUGGGGCCAGGUUAGUUUCAGGUUGUUGUUUUUUGAACUGAUCUCACAUUUAGAAAUAUACAUAUAUAGAACACUAACAUGUAAAAAAAAAAAAAAAAAACAAGUGCUGCAGUUUCUCUUUUGCACAAAGAUUGGACCUUCAUCCGAAGGACACACCGACUGUCAACCCUUUUUGCAGUCACGUGACGGGGAACCAACAGACUGCUGAGAAGUAACGCAGUAUUAAUUCGAUUUCCUGAAAGGCUGGUUUUGCAGUUUCAUUUACAGCGAAGCAAUAACGUAGAAGUUGUGACACACUUAUUCUCAAACGAUCAGAUACCCGGCGGCAGCAGACUUACUCAGGUUUACACAGGUUAAAGAAGAUGGCAGGAAGCGCCGUGACCUGCUGUGUAGCUCUGCUCCUCGUCCUGACCUCCGUGUCAGCUGGACAGACGAAGCUUAAGUCAAUCACCGAUUUGAAGAAAAUCAACUUUGCUCAAUCCGUGCCCAAGCACAGUCUUUUGCUGCUCUACUGGUUUGCCGACGCUGUUGACAUCGACAACAACAACAUCAUAUCGCUGACCUUUGACCCAAACGCAGGGGAUUAUGGCUCACAUCAUUAUGGGAACUAUGAAGGACUGCUGGACCCGCUGCCUUGGGGAAACGAAUACCAGUACUACACUAUUGGUAAUCUCAACCAAGAAACCUUCGUGCCACUUCCUCCUUAUGUUCGCCAUCCCCCAGCAACGGAGUACUUCGGUAGAAACAGGGACAGAAUCAUAAUUCGCAUCAGGAGGCAGAACACACAAGGGCAAGAUCUGCAGAGGAUAGACCAGGUCUACAUCACACAGCAUUAUGACACUUCGGAGAACCUGGGAACCCCGUAUGAUCCACAUCACACCUACAGGAUCACCGUCAACUUCUUGAGAGAGAUCAGACAGUUUUCCGUUGGACAAAACCGACAGCAACUGGGGCAACUCAGAAACGACUUUGGAAGCAACGCUGACGUUUCCUCCAUCAGAAACACAUGGGGGGACCUCGCUGGCCUUGGACUGCUGCUGUUUAUCGUGAUCCAGGAAAAGUACUCCUUCAAAAGUCCCAACAACAGACCGAAAACCACGAGAAGUCCUCAGAGCAAUGCUUCAAGAAGCAACACCAACAUCCCGAGACCUAUUCAAAACCAAUGUUAUGUUGCAAUAGAUUUCAAUAACUAUGAGGACCAAAAUCGCAGCCGGGCGACUAGGAACAUAGAAUCACGCCCUGACAAUAACUCACCUCCCCGCCGGCGGAGAUGCCUUUGCAUUUGUUGCAUUUGCUGUAUUGCCACCUUUUUCUUAAUUUCAUUGAGUGUUAUAUUAUUUGUUUUGUAUCAAAAAGAAAUUAUAUGAGAAAACGUUUUGUAUUGUCAAUUGAAUUGCUGUGCAGCAGUCUCAAUAUUAAAAAAAAGGUGGAAUCUAAUGAAAUGUGAAAUAUAGUAAAAAAAAGGAGAAAGUCCGAUAAAAAAAAAAAAAAAUCUGGAUAAUGAAUGAUAAACAGGGUAACAGUGGACAUUAGGUGGCCACACAGUAUACAACACAGAAUGUGCAUAAUCAUGUCCACGAUAUUGCAGUUAGUAUUUGACCGUGUCCAGUGAGUCAGUGGUUAGAAUAAGGAUCAUGAUAAAACUGUUCAUGUGAAUUGUUUAAAUAUCCGGUUCAUUUGUUAUGAAAAAAGUAUUUGAACCGAGCAAAAUGCAUUUCAUUGUAGAUUAUAAUGCAGUGCUUUGAUCCUUAAGCUCCAAGCUUAAGUUAUGCAACAAAGUCAAGCUGCAGCAUGUAAAAUCCAACCGUAAUGACUCGCUCAUUACGUGUCUGAUAGGGAUGACGCAAAUGUAUAAUGCACUGAUAAAUAAUGUGGUGGAAAUAAAAGGCUUUUUACUGCUUACAUGUUA